CUUUAUUAUUCGCUUACAACAAAAAUACAAUACAACUUAUGCUAUCUCUUUAAAGUUUAUUUUUUGUUCUUGUUCAUCAUGUCGGACCUCGAGUGCCCAAAUGUGAUGAACAAUCUUAUAACAUUUCUAUCAUCUCUUCUUCAACGAGUAGCGGAAUCAAACGAUCUGAAUCCUCGAUUCCACCCUCAGAAAAUUUCGGCAUUUCAUGGUCUAACUAGACCAACUAUUUCUAUCCAAAGCUACUUAGAGAGGAUUUUCAAGUAUGCUAAUUGUAGUCCAUCGUGUUAUGUCGUGGCAUACGUUUAUCUUGAUCGGUUUACUCAACAACAACCCGCUCUUUCGGUUAAUUCAUUCAAUGUUCAUCGAUUGUUGAUCACUAGUGUCAUGAUUGCUGCCAAGUUCAUGGAUGAUUUGUACUAUAAUAAUGCAUACUAUGCCAAAGUAGGAGGAAUCAGCACAACAGAAAUGAAUUUUCUUGAAGUGGAUUUCUUAUUUGGAUUGGGAUUUCAAUUGAAUGUCAACCCCACAACUUUCCACACAUAUUGCUCAUAUCUUCAAAAAGAAAUGUUACUUGUUCAACCACCGUUAGACCAUCAUCAUCUAAUUGCAUCACCAUCAACGUCGUCAUCAUCAUCAUAUAAAUCGAUAUCGACAAAGCUUCUUCAUUAUGAAGAUGAUCAUCAACAAGAAGUGGCAGCAAUAUAAUCAAAAUUGUUUUUCCUAUGAAAUUUUAUUUUGGGCUUUCAUGUGGUGUUUGUAGGUAGAAUUGUAGAUUAUUGGAUAUUGGUUUAGAAAUUUAAACCUUUUUUUUAUAUUAUGGAAGUGUUUUUUGGGAUGUA